ACACUAACGAAGAAGAACCUACCGGAAGUGAGUUAGUUUUCGGCUUGUUUAAGGAUACACACGUGUGUGUGUUUUGGGAGUUUCGCUGUGAAGCUAGAGGAAGAUAACACUGUAAACACGAAUGAAGCAUGUACUUGCAUGUAUCGCACAGUCUACGGUGUGUCCGGAUGAACGCGAUGAAGCGGGCGUUAGCAGCUUAGCAUGAACGCUGGAAACAGUUUGAUAGCAGCUGAGCUGAAGAAGACUCCUUGAAGCCGCCGUGUCGGUGUGAAGAUGGCCGCGGCCCCGGUGCUGAGGUCGCGGGCUCGGCAGCGACAGGCUGCGGCUGCGGAGGACGUGUGUGGGCUGCUGGAGGGCGCCGUGGCGGAGUCCGACCUCCGGGUCUGUCGGUCCCAGGAGGAGCUCCAGCGACAGCGCAAAGUCCUGGACGCUGUUUUCAACUGCCAGGUUGUUUUACACAGAGGAGUGAUCCAGCAGAUGAUCGUCGUUGAAGAGGUUCAGCAGGAGGGCAGUCUGAACCAGCAGGACCCAAAGGCCCCCCUGCACAUUAAAGAGGAAGAGGAGCAACCCUUGAUCAGUUCGGAGGGAGAGCGGUUCCCGUUCCCUCCUGUCUCUGUGAAGAGUGAAGAAGAUGAAGAGGAGGCUCAGCCCCCGCAGCUGCAGCAGAGCCAAACUGAGGAGGACUCUGGAAGACCGGAGCCAGCCACGAGUCUGAGAGCGUUAGUGAAGCAGCGACUUGCCGAGGCCGUAGAGGAGAUCCUGGAGCUGUUUGAGACAACGUUAGCAGAGUACGAAGACGAGAUUCAUCACCUGCACUCGCUGCUGGAACACGUGAAGCCCGGCUUCCUGAGCAGCAGAGCAGACGAGAGAAAGAAGGCCGGUGGGCGGGACAGACCUCAGGUGUGUGAGGAGACGGCUACAGAUCCCCAACAGACUGUGGAUGUCCCCGGGAUGGACCGAGUGGACCGCCUGGCAGAGUACUUGGUGGGACUGAGGGCUGAAACUGGCCAGACCCUUAGCAGCCAGCAGGCCAGCACCAUCAUCGCCCUGUGGCAGAACCUCCUGCCCCACGACAAGCAGCAGGUGCGCCCGACAACUGGAGGCUUUGGGUGUCCCCAAAAGAAGCCUGCAGAUGUGGAGAACUGUGUCUUAGCAUCGACAGGAUCCCCCGCCCAGCGGCCAGACUGCUGUCGUCUGGUAGACUCCAUCUUCGUCAAACUCUGUAACAUUCAUAAGAGCCCCCAGAAACAGGGCAGUUACACCCUGACGAGAUGGACUCUGAUCCUCAGGGACUACAGUAAAAUCAUGCAGCUGGUCCUGGGUAACGGCUCAGUGAUGCAGAGCACCACUCUGCGGCUGUUUCCUGUCAGUCAGACGACGCUUAUUCAGUGGCGCUACAGGCGACUGAAGAGGCAGGACUGUAGUACUUUGCUGCGAGGGGGCAACUUACCCGCCUCUAUUCCUGUUGCUCCCGUGCAGGUCCGGCCCCCUGCUGCACCCCCGCAGCCUGGCCCCCAGCAUCAGUGCCGCUCGCCUCAGAGUACAGCGGGGCAGGCAGCGGUCAAGAGGAAGUCUGCAGCUCCGCCGCCCCCCCAUGCGCCGCCGUCUGUCCGCCCGAGGCUGCCAGCUCAGAGGAAGUUGUUCCCUAAGCAGGCGCCUCCACCUGCCUCUGCCCCUGUGCCUGUUCUCCUCAACCCCACCCCUGCCAUUGGCCCAUUUGUGUUUUUGGCCCCACAAAUCCCUGCGGCAAAACCGGCUGCUCCUGCUGGAACCCUCCCCCCCCCUCCAGCCGCCCGGAGGGCGUACAAUCGGACAGUAGACAAAAAUAAAUGCAGUCAGUGCCACGAGCCCCGCAACAAAGAGACGGGCCACAGCCAGUAUUACGGCCGCGUGUACUGUCCCCGGACCGCCGGCGAGCCGCUGGAGCGGUGGAUGGACGAGAUGAGGAGGAAGAGGAGAGAGAACACGCGCCAGGCUUUGAGUAAAAAGUGUUAAAAGAGUCAGUCUUGUUCUAAGAGUUCAUUGUUGUGAUUAUUUCAUUGACGUCCCGUAUAACAAAAUAUCAGCAGUAACAUUUUCACAUGACAGAAGCCAGAGCAGUGUUUCCUCGCUGUAUUUAUUCUUAAUUCAGUUCUUCGCGUGUGUGUUCUGGUUACACGUGUGUGUGAGAGCGUGGAUUACUUGCACUGUAUAUUUUAUAAUAAAGUUGAACUAUAUUUCUACAGCA